UCAAUUUGCCAGAUUUUGGGGCAUUUUCAGGCCACUAAAUUUUUUGGGGACAAUUCCUGUUAUCUUUUUGGUGUUGCCAACACCUGCUUGUUCGAACGGAUUGGACUUCUAUCACCUUCAACGGCAGUGAAUGAUUUCAUUUGGGGGCAUUUACAUUCAAUAUUUCCGGGCAACUAUUUUGUCAAUGGCAGCCAGUGAGUACAAAAGCACGACUUGAAGACCACAAUCAAAAGUUGUUCAGUUUUCCUUGGGAUAACACCGCUAAUGUGAUUUGACGAGUUUUGUCUCCACCCACGAGUGAUCACGUGAUUUCGCAGAAAGGCGCACUUGUCGAAAAUGAAAGUCAAUUGACGUCACAGCCCAACUAAACUCAGGUGAGGGCGUCAGUCUUUUGCUGUCAUUCGAGGGUCGACCUACGACUGUAGAGGAACAAAAAAUACUAAAGAUGAGAGAUUUGGCAGCGUUGUUGCUGGUGGUUGCGCAAAUCCAAAGCGUCCAUCCUGUGAUCCACACGCUCAAGUAUAUCCACACAGGGUCAUCACAAAUUCCAAAUUUCCCAGAGUACAUGAGUGUCGGUUAUGUUGACGGCCUUCAGAUUACCCACUACGACAGCAAGAGCGGGAAAUAUAGACCUAAACAGGACUGGAUGAACAAAAUCACAGCCGAGGAGCCGCGGUACUGGGAGACACAGACACAGAUCAGUAUUGGUGCACAGCAGCUCUACGAAGUCGACAUCGAAACCGCUAAAGAGCGCUUCAACCAAACUGGAGGUGUUCACAUGUUCCAGCGGAUGUAUGCCUGCGAAUGGGACGAUGAGACCGGCGAGGUGGACGGUUGGGAACACUACGCUUACGACGGAGAAGACUUUAUAUCGUUUGAUUUGAAGGGACUGAGGUGGAUCGCGGUCAAGCCGCAAGCUGUCGUCACCAAACACAAGUGGGACCAAGAUGACAGCUAUAAUCAAUACUUGAAUUAUUACUACACUGAGGAAUGCCCUUCUUACUUGAAGAAGUACGUGAGCUUUGGGAGGGACUUCCUCAUGAGAACAGAGCUUCCGCGGAUCUCCCUGCUGCAGAAGACGUCGCGGUCGCCGGUGACCUGCCACGCCACGGGUUUCUACCCCAGGGAGGCCGCCCUGUUUUGGAAGAAGGACGGCGAAGAGCUCUUUGAGGACGUGGAGAUGGGCGAGACCCUCCCCAACCACGACGGGACCUUCCAGACCACCGCCGACCUCAAAGCGGUGGACCCCGACGCCAAGUACGAGUGCGUCUUCCAGCUGGCCGGCGUCCCGGAGGACGUUGUCAUCCCGCUGGAUCCCGCCAACGUCCUGAGCAACGAGCGCAUACGAGCGGAAGAACAGAGGAAGACGGCGGUGGCCGUCGCCGUCCCGUUGGCGCUCCUGGCUCUGGUCGUCGCGAUCGUCGUCCUCGUCGUCAAAUGCAGAAAAGCCAAAUACGCUCCAGCUUCCGUCCAAGCAGAUUCCGAGUCUACUUCAUCCGAGCGCGCUUCCGAGACUACUUAUCCGACUGCCGAGACCCCUUUAGCCGAGCCCGCUCCCGAGUGAGACGUCGUCACACGGUUCGGAAGACGAGCGCGAUGUCCUCGUGCAAGCAGUUUAUUAAUACUUUGGGUGUGAAAAGAUUUGUUGUUCAUUUGUUCCAUCAGGGUCUUUUGGCUGUAUUUGAUAUAUUUUAGAUUAUUUUUCUUAUUUGUAUCAGUUGACUUUGGUUGAAAUCUGUCAUGAUCUACAAUUUCCGCUUCCUUCAUAACAAGCAGUUCAAUAGCAACGAUUCACUUUUUUGCCUCACCUUCCAAAAUACUACACGGAUCUUUAAAACUGCUUCAAAUAAAAACUUUAUCAGAGCCUAUUUGUAUCAAAACGGGACCAUGUUGUUGAUUGCACUUGUAUGAUUAAAACGGACCAAUAAACGGCUGACCAAUGACAAAACUGCUCACUGUCGUGCGCUCAUCAACCACCAGCAGACGUUAGCGCAACAACCAAUUCUCAUCAAUACAUUU